AAUUCCUCUCCCUCUCCCUCCUGUACCAACGCUCUCGCGCCUCUUGGAGAUCCGCCCAAAACCCUAGAAACCGCCAAACCCCGCCGAGGAGGUGAGAGAAGUCGCUGAGCUCCGCCUACCUUUUCUUCUUCUCUCACCUCACUUCCGCCGAUCCGCGCUCAGGUUGAUCAGAGAUGGCAACGAUGGUGCAGCAAGCCCCAGCUGCAAGCCUCACUCCUACUGCCGAUGUUGUCGGUAAUGCCUUUGUUCUUCAGUACUACAAUAUCUUGGAACAAUCCCCUGAGCUUGUUCAUCGAUUUUACCAAGAUAUUAGUAAGCUUGGUCGUCCGGGAGAUGGUGGGAUCAUGAGCAUUACAACCACCAUGGAGGAAAUCAACAAGAAGAUACUUGAUUACGGAGAGCUCAGUGCAAAUAUCAAGACUGUGGAUGCUCAGGAAUCUUACAAUGGAGGAGUAUUUGUUCUUGUCACUGGGUAUUUGACUGGAAAGGACCUUGUAAGGAAGAAAUUUACUCAAAGUUUUUUCUUGGCACCACAAGACGUAGGCUACUUUGUUUUGAACGAUGUCUUUAGAUAUGUUGAAGAUUCCACCCCUGAAAAUGAGGACAAUGGAUUGGUUGUUGAUGUUGAAGUUGAACCUCCUAUUACCCCCAAACAUGAUGCUCCUGCUUUGCAGGACAAUCAUGUCCCAGAGCCUGUGAUUGCAGUGUCUGAGGAUGUUGCCAAGGAGGAAGUAAUCAAACCUUCUGAAAAUGGAGUAGUUUCAGUUGCAGAGGAAGCAGUACCAGAACCUGAAGUUGUCAAUGAAAUUCCUGAUGAUUUGCAAUUGGUGGUUAAAGUCGAAGCUGAAUCUUACUCAAAAGUUGAAGAUGAAUCCAACCCCAAAGUUGAGGCUGAGUUCAACUCCAAAGUUGAAGCUGAAUCUAACUCUAAAGUUGAAGCACCGAAGAAGUCUUAUGCCUCAAUUCUUAAGAGCAAGAAGGAGGGUACUGUCCCAUUUUCUACUCCGGCACCCAUGAGGUUUGUCCCAAAGAAGCAGGAGCACCAAGUGACUGCUGCUCCAAUAUCUGCUCCAGUUUCAGAAACAGUAGCCAGCACCAAUGCCAGAGAAAAUGGGAAUUUAGAGCCCGAAGCUGAAGGUUACUCUAUCUACAUUAAGGGUCUGCCAAUGGAUUGUACAAAUACUGUAAUUGAGAAUGAGUUUAAGAAAUUUGGACAGAUCAAGAAGAAUGGUGUGCAAGUUAGAAUCCUAAGGGGGUUCUGUUUUGGCUUCGUGGAAUUUGAGGCUGCAAGUUCUGUGCAAAGUGCGAUGGAGGCUUCACCCAUCGUGAUUGGUGGACGCCAAGUUUUUGUUGAGGAAAAGCGAUCAACUCGAGGGAGGGGACGGUUUUCCGGAAGGGGAAAUGGGAACGGGUACAGGACUGAGGGACCAAGAGGACGUGGAGGCUAUGGAGGUGGUAGGGCUUAUGGUCGUGGCGAUUUCAAUGGUGGUCGUGGCGAUUUCAAGUCUGAUUAUGGAAGUAGGAGUAGCAAUAGGGGAGGAUCAUCGGGCCGUGGAGGAGAUGGAUAUCAGAGGUCUGACAAUGGUGCUCGUGUGAAUCGUUCUAGUGGGGUAGCGGUUAAUGCAGCAGCGAAAAGCACAGUACCACAGGUGUCUGCCUCAGCUUGAGAACGCCUCAACUUUUGAAGUUUGGUCGCAAACAGAGAGCGAUUAAAUUCUAUUCCUUUUUGUCAAUGGUGAAGUAAUUGGGUAGGCACUGAGAGGGCCGUUUCUGAUCGUUUUGUGGAUGAACCAGCCACCUAGGAUAUUUCCCUAGGAUUUUCUUGACUUUUUUUUUUUUUUUUUAUCUUUUCGGGUUUUUAUAUCGGAGCUAUUUUGGAGGCGAUAGAGGUGUUAGAUUUUGUGCCUAGUAUAUUUUGGAUAAAGUACUUGUAGCGCCAUUGGUCGUUAUGCGGAUGGAAAUGGAAAUGACAAUAGGGGUUCAAAACUUCAAAGUGCUCAUAUUUUGUUGUAAUGGCUGUCCCAUCCCAUGUUGUAUGUUUCCGUGAUUGCUAUGUGGCCAUAAUAUUUGCGGAUGAUUUUGAUC